CGCGCGGAGAUCCAGUAUUUAAUAAAAUCUAGUCUAAAAAGUUUCUACUUAGUAUUCUUUGUACUUAUUAUAUACUUACUUAUAUAAUCUGUAUAUUUUUAUAAAUAAUCUGUGAUAGCCUUUUUUGGUGGACUUGUGCAAUUGACUGAUCGUCUAUCGGCCAAAGAUAUAGUUAGUUAUGUUUUUGAAAAAAUAAAUUUUAUAUAAUCUGUGCUUAAAUGGAUGCAAAGAUGGCGUUGCCGCCGCAGCAGUUCUGUGUGCGGUGGAAUUCUUAUCAUACUAAUUUACAGUCAGUAUUCCCUCGGCUGCUUCUCACCGAACAGUUCGCUGACGUGACGCUGGCGUGCGAGUCGCGCCAGCUCCGGUGCCACAAGCUGGUGCUGUCGGCGUGCUCCGCGUACCUCGAGCGGCUGCUGCUGCAGAACCCGUGCAAGCAUCCCAUCGUGCUGAUGCGGGACAUGAGGUUUAGCGAAAUGCAGGCUUUAGUCGACUUCAUGUAUAAGGGUGAAGUGAAUGUGACUCAAGAGGAGCUGCCGAGCCUGCUGAAGUCGGCCGAAGCUCUGCAAAUACGAGGUCUAUGUUCGAGCGAGCCGGGCGGUCUCUCCGAGCUGAAGACGGACAACAAGGACUACACGGUCGCCAGCGAAGCGCUGCUUGCGCACGCGCAGCGGGACUCCAAUAACGGCGUACAACAAACACAACAGCAGAAGACUCUCACAACGAACGGGCCGAAGAAACGCAAGUCGGAGGAGCGGGAGAGGGAGAGGGAGAGGAGCGACGUGAAGGAGGAGACGGUGGAGGAGGACGGGCUGUACUAUGGCGAGCUGGAACCGGACCAUGUGGAGUAUCAGGAGGACGAAGAACCGAGCAAACCCGGCAGUAGUUUAGGACAGACUUCCGAAUUCGCAAUAGCGAACGUACAAUGCCAAUACGAUGGAAGCGAUUCAGAGAGUGAGACCCGCUCGGCCCGGAUCACCGAUCAUAACUACGACACGCGCGACGAGCCGCCGGCAUUUAUAAUACAGCAGGUGACAGCGCCGAAUCCAGCGCCUCCGUCCCAGGGGCCAUACGUUGAGGUUCGCCCCACGAUCAUGACUAUUGGCCCCGAGUACGUCCCGUCUGUCAAUGUGAUACAUGUUGGGGACAGACAGCCGGUGAAUCAAACCCAACCGGAGUACAAUAUAAACAAACGGAUCCGGAGGAGCGAGGUAGUGCUGCGGCAAGCGGCGGACUGCGUCAGCAGAGGCCUGACCUUCCAAACCGUCUCCGAGCAAUUCAAUAUACCUAUAUCUACCAUUCGUUUCUUCAUGGCGCGCAAGGGCAUCCUACCGCGCCGGCGCAGAGGGCGCAGUACGCAAGCGAAUAGACAGUCAAGCAGUCCAGAGCCACCGUUUCAUAUGCAACACUUUAAGUUACCAGACAUGGUGGCUCUCAGGGCGGACGACGAUCCACCGCAAACGUAACUUUUGUAGGGGAUAACGGAAAUAUAUGCAACGGAAACAAUAUUACGUGGUAAUUGUAUCGGAAUUGUAACAACGGAAACUUUAUGAAAUAAUUGUACACGUGCAUUUAGUAACGGAAUGAACUUUUUUGGGUAUAACGGAAAUGUAAUUAUGUGGUGUAACGGAAAGUGCAAUGUGUAUGUGAGCAACAAAAAGUAUUGAAUUUAUAUUAUAAGUGGUAAUAGUAUAACGGAAAUAAAUAACGGAAUGUUAUGUAACGGAAAUAUAUGUGUAUCGCAAUAUAUAGAGGUGAAAUAAAGUGAUCUAUUUAAAUGAUUAGUCGGUGUCGUGAAAUAGUUGUAAAUUGUGUGCUACUGGGCGAUCUGUUGCGCAAUUUGUUGACAAAUUAAUUUUAUUUAUUACAGAAACAAACAGUAAUUAUUUGCAAAGAGUAAUACAUAAUAAAACAAAUAUUGACCUUGUGUUUCAUAUUUUAACUAAAUGUAGUUAUUAUAAUAUAACAAUGUCUACGGUGUGUGUAAACAUACAAGAAUCAUUCAAUUAUACCAGUACUUCGUACAGUUUCCUUUUGCAAGAUGUUAUUUUAUUUGAAAAUAUUUCUAUUGCACUUAAUUAUAAACUAUUAAACUAUACUAUUAAAUUGCAAUAGUAUUUAUUAAAUAGACAAACAGUGGAAUAUGUUAUAAAUGUUCAGUGGCUUAUUGAUUAGUAUUAUAUUAUUGAAAGUUUGUUUUACGUUUAAACUGUUUCUAAUGCUCUCUCACACGAAAAGUAGAAAGUAGUAUUUUGUAUUUCAAUUGAUUAUAAAGAAUAUAUUGAUAUUAAAUAGGUUAAUUAUAUAGACAUCUAAAACCUCACAUUAUUUAAAUAUCAAAUAUUUUUACAUACUGCUUGGCAUGGCUUCCGCAACAACAAAUAAAUCGUAACAGACGAACAAACACAACUUUUUGUAUAAGUAUAGACAAAAAAAGUGCUCUAGUGCAUUAUAUAAAAAUGAAAACCAGAAAUCAUAGAAUCUUUACAACUUUUUAAAUAUAAAAAAUAGGUUAUGUGUCUUUUCUUGAAGGAAAUUUGCGAAAAUUGCGCAACCAAUCGCCGUUUUACAAAACAUAUAGACACUUGUCAUAGCGGUGUUAGAUAUUAUGUGCCUAUUCUAUGAUA